AUGAAUUUCAUUGUCUACCAUCUUGUUUUUUUAUCUUGGACUGCAACUAUUGGAUGCAACUAUAUGUAUCUUCCUGCUGUUCUUAAAAAUUUGGAUGGUGGUUCAUCGUCAUCCGAGGAAUCUGGUGGACUUAAAGGCGUAAUUCCAAAAGUGUCAGCCACAGUUGCUACGAAACUAGAGCUGCCUUGUAUUCAGGAAUUCGAGACAGUAGAAGUGGAGGACGAGAUCAACAGACCCCUUUGUGUUGACUUGUCAGUAGCUGCCGGAGUUGACCCAAAAGAUUCAACUGGUAGUAUUGAAGUCGAACAUGCUGGAUCUGACGGUGGGUCUAUUGAACUGCACACCAAGCUGAAGCAUCACUUUAUUACAGGAGUAACUUCAGAAGAAAAUAUCCCGAACAUGCCUACGCCUUGAAGCUGUUUAAAUUUAAAAAAAAUUUGUAUUUUCGGGAAUAAAUAUAUUGAACAUUGGGAA